AAAUAUAGGUGGCACGGUAAACAGAGCGGUAACUGUAAAUGGAAAAGAAUAGCACAACGAAUCCCGAAAUUAAAUGCAAAUGCAUAGACACAUCUCUACCAAACAAUCCACCGCCUUAUCACUCUGCACGCACUUGGCUGGCUGGCUCUCACUCACCCUUCCUUCACCUUCAAAACAGUCGCCUUAUCUCUACAAAACCCACGCCACAACCUUCCUUCACCUUCAAAAAUAUCCUCUCCGCCCUUUGAUAUUGCUUGCUUGGCUCUCACCCAUUUCAUUUUAAUCCAAAUAUGAGAGAAAUCUUGCACAUUCAAGGAGGCCAAUGCGGCAACCAAAUCGGAUCUAAGUUUUGGGAGGUUAUUUGUGACGAGCAUGGAGUCGACCCCACCGGCAGAUACAAAGGAGAUGGUUCGUCUGAUCUUCAACUGGAGCGAAUUAAUGUUUACUACAAUGAAGCCUCUGGUGGAAGGUAUGUGCCCAGGGCGGUUCUGAUGGAUCUUGAACCUGGUACUAUGGACAGUAUCAGAUCCGGACCCUAUGGACAGAUCUUCCGUCCCGAUAACUUUGUUUUCGGACAGUCUGGUGCCGGCAAUAAUUGGGCCAAAGGUCACUACACUGAGGGAGCUGAAUUGAUCGAUGCUGUUCUCGAUGUUGUUCGCAAGGAGGCUGAGAAUUGUGACUGCUUGCAAGGUUUUCAGGUGUGUCACUCGCUUGGAGGAGGUACAGGUUCUGGCAUGGGAACACUCCUGAUAUCAAAGAUUAGAGAGGAAUAUCCAGAUAGGAUGAUGAUGACAUUCUCUGUUUUCCCUUCACCUAAGGUCUCUGACACAGUUGUGGAGCCCUACAAUGCAACCCUCUCAGUGCACCAAUUGGUAGAGAAUGCUGAUGAAUGCAUGGUCCUUGACAAUGAAGCACUUUAUGAUAUUUGCUUCCGGACUCUAAAGCUUAGCACUCCAAGCUUUGGAGACUUGAAUCACUUAAUCUCUGCAACCAUGAGUGGUGUAACUUGCUGCCUGAGGUUUCCUGGUCAGCUGAACUCUGAUCUCCGGAAGCUGGCUGUAAAUCUGAUCCCAUUCCCACGUCUUCAUUUCUUCAUGGUAGGUUUUGCACCACUCACUUCACGUGGAUCACAGCAGUACAUCUCCCUAACUGUCCCGGAGCUUACACAGCAAAUGUGGGAUGCUAAGAACAUGAUGUGUGCUGCUGAUCCCCGCCAUGGUCGGUACCUGACAGCCUCAGCCAUGUUUAGGGGUAAGAUGAGCACAAAAGAGGUGGAUGAGCAGAUGAUUAAUGUGCAGAACAAGAAUUCAUCUUACUUCGUGGAAUGGAUUCCUAACAACGUGAAGUCCAGUGUGUGUGAUAUUCCACCUAGGGGUCUGAAGAUGGCAUCAACUUUUGUGGGUAACUCCACAUCCAUCCAGGAGAUGUUCAGGAGGGUUAGUGAGCAAUUUACUGCUAUGUUCCGCCGUAAGGCCUUCUUGCACUGGUAUACUGGGGAAGGGAUGGAUGAGAUGGAGUUUACAGAGGCAGAGAGCAAUAUGAAUGACUUGGUUGCAGAGUAUCAGCAAUACCAGGAUGCUACUGCUGAUGAUGAGGAGUAUGAGGAGGGCGUUGAGGAACAGGAUGAGAUGUAAGAAGUGAAACAAGGCCUAUCUACUACUGUUUUGAUUUUGAGCUGUGUUUGGUAAGAUGAAUUUGAGAUAUUGGUUGUUGAUCUAUUAAGGACUUGAAAUUAAAAAAAAAAAAAAAAGGGCAUUUGUAUUUAUUAUUUGAAUGUAUGUUGUUGAUGUUGAAUUAGUUUUUGUGAAUGUCUAUUGAUAAGUCCUUUGUGUUUGACAUAUUGACAGCAACUACGAGGAUGAAUAGUUGUGUUUCCUCACCCUUUGCGUAUAUUUUAUUUUAACAAAGGAAAGAGGGACAGUGUUAUUAUA